CAAGUUUGACAAAUCCACCGCCAUCUCAACAGGGGAGGAGAAGAAAUUAAGUGUUUGACAAAAUUGCGUGAUGCCUUCCACCCUCCGUCUCUUAAAAUCACAGAAUUCCCCGUCGGAUUCUGAUGUCAUCAACAGGCAUCCCGUUGAACAAUCGAUCUGGAGGAGGUAGCGUACGUGUUACUGGCGGAGCUCGUCAGUAAACCGAUGUCCAUCUCCAGAGUCGAUGGCGAAGAGCUGGAAUCAGCUGCCCAAGAACAAGAAGGCGGCGGCGGCGGCAGCGGCAAGGGGACGUGGAAACACGCGGCGUUCCACGUGGCGACGACCAUCGCCACUCCGGCGGCCUACGCGCCCUUGCCCUUCGCCCUCGCCUCCCUCGGAUGGCCUCUCGGUGUUGGCAGUUUGGUGCUUGGAACUUUGACCACCUGGUAUUCGAGCUUGCUGGUGGCCUCGUUAUGGCAAUGGGACGGGAAGAAGCAUAGCACCUACCGUCUUCUUGGAAAGAGCAUAUAUGGAAGCUGGGGAUACUGGUUCAUAACUAUGUUCCAGCAAAUUGCUUCCUUAGGCAACAACAUCGCCAUCCAAAUUGCUGCUGGAAGCAGUCUCAAGGCAAUCUACAAGUACUACGACAGCGAUGGGUCUUUGACAUUGCAGGACUUCAUCAUCUUUUUUGGAGCAUUGGAGUUGCUCCUCUCGCAGCUCCCUGACAUCCAUUCACUCCGCUGGGUGAAUGCCCUGUGCACCUUCAGUACCAUAGGCUUUGCUGCAACAACAAUUGGUGUCACCAUCUACAACGGGAAAAACAUCGAUCGGGACUCGAUUAGCUACGGAUUCCACGGGAGCACCUCUGCAAAAAAUUUCAGAGCUUUCAAUGCUUUAGGUGCAAUUGCUUUCUCUUUCGGGGAUGCAAUGCUUCCGGAGAUACAGAGCACUGUCAUAGAGCCAGCAAAGAAGAGCAUGUACAAAGGUGUAUCAGCAGCAUACAGCAUCAUCAUUCUGUCAUAUUGGCAAUUAGCUUUUAGUGGUUACUGGGCAUUUGGAUCUCAAGUCCAACCCUACAUUUUGUCAUCCCUCGCUACUCCACAAUGGACCAUAGUCAUGGCAAACAUCUUUGCUGUGAUACAAAUAUCAGGUUGCUUUCAGAUCUACUGCAGACCAACGUAUGCAUACUUCGAGAAUCAAGUGCUGUCUAAAGCUUCAAAUGGGAAAGCAUGGAUAAGGAAGUCCCUGCUGAGACUGUGUUUUACUUCGAUUUACAUGGCUCUGAUCACUCUGGUUGCUGCUGCUAUGCCUUUCUUCGGGGACUUUGUUUCAAUCUGUGGAGCUGUUGGAUUUACACCGUUGGACUUCGUCUUCCCCGCAUUGGCUUUCCUUAAGGCCGGAAAGAUGCCAAAGAAUCCGAAGCUUCGAUGUUUGGUGCAGGGAAUUCAUUUGACCAUCGCAGCUUGGUUCUCUGUAGUUGCAGUCCUCGGUUGCAUUGGUGCAGUUAGAUUCAUCGUGAUCGAUAUUAACACAUACAAAUUUUUCCACGAUAUGUGAUCUUUCAUUUGACAUUCAUGUAUGUCAGAUUCAAUUUGCAACUGAAAAAUAGCUGUAAAUUUGAAAUGCCAAUCAAGUAAGUGUUGAAAAUUGGACCAACAAACAAGUAAAUAAAUUACUUGUCUUACACUAACAAUAACAACACUACAACACCCUUUUUGUGGAUCACUCACAAUUCUAAGACAAAGAAGAAAAACAAAAAACUUUAACUCAC